AUGACGUCAGAAGCUGCGCCGGAAGUGCUGCGCUGCCCCCGCCCAAGCGACUCCUGCCUCGACGUCACCAUCCGCGCGCCCGGGCAGGUGGGGAGGGGCGGCUCUGGGCUGCGGCUCCGCCGGGCCCUGCCGGGUCUCGUCGCCUUCGACUCCGGGAGAGGCCGAAGGGUCGCCCUGAGGUGCUGCCAGGGGGACCUCUGCCAGCCUGAGGAGGACCCUCCCCCCUCGGGGCUGCUCUGCUGGGGCUGUGACGGCCCCGACGCCCCCCAGGGCUGCGACCCCCGAGUGGUGCCGUGUGGGGGGGGCCGGACCCGCUGUGCCACCGCCAGGACCUACGGUUCUAUGGGGCUGCAGUGCCUGAGCUGUGGGUCCCAGGACGGUCGCUGUCCCGAGGCCACCAACGUCACCUGCCCCCCUGACAGCGACGUCUGCGCCGAGGCCCUGGCGGCCGUCACGUGGAGUCAUGGGCGGUUUGCUCUGGGUGGGCGUGGCUGUGGGCGGGGCCAGCCCGGGGCCCUCGCCCGGGCCCUGGAGCUUUUGGGGCUCGUGGUGUUCGAGCGGCGCCGUCACUGCGGGGGAGGGGCCUGCAACCACCACCUGCCCCUCGGCCAGCAGGGGGCGCUGCCCCUGCCCGCCAACAGCAGCGCUGGGACCCCCAACGGGCUGGAGUGUUUUGGGUGCCCCGAGGAGGGGCCCUGCCCCCCCACCAUGGUGGUCCAGUGCUACGGCGACCUGAGGGGCUGUUUCCAUGGCAACGUCACCCUCAGGAUGGGUAACGUGACGAUGUGGCGGGAGCUGCGCGGCUGCGUCCGGGACGGGAGCUGCUCCCGGGAGUGGCGCGGGGACGACGCGGCCUCGCUGAGCGGCUCCUGCUGCUCCGGCAACCUCUGCAACCGCCACCUGGCCGACAGGACCCUCUUCGACCCCGACCUGCCCCGCCUCGAGCUCCUCCCCCACGGACACGCCCCCACGGCCACGCCCAAGAUGGCCGACAACGCCACCGCCAAGAGCGAGGUGGUCGCCGCCACCGCCACCGAGGGGGGCAACGGGGUGGUCGACGAGGCCACCGGUGACGCCGGCAAGGCCACCGGUCGGCCCGGGGUGGACGCCGGGGGGAGGAGGGCGGCCGGGGGCAAGAUGGCUGAGGGGGGCGGUGGUAAAAUGGCCGCCGGGGGCAAGAUGGCCGCCGGUGACGGUGGCAAAAUGGCUGAAGGCGACGGUGACAAGAUGGCCGCCGGCGGCAAGAUGGCUGAGGGUGACAGAGGUAAAAUGGCCGCCGGGGACAAGAUGGCUGAAGGCGACGGUGACAAGAUGGCCGCUGGCGAUGGUGGCAAAAUGGCCGCCGGGGAGAAGAUGGCUGUGGGGGGCGGGGACAAGAUGGCUGCCGGGGACAAGAUGGCUGCUGGGGACAAGAUGGCCGGCGGGCGCCAAGGCCGCAAGGACGGGAUCAAAGGCCCGUCAGGGCAGGGCCACCCCCUGGAGGGGCCGGGCUGGCUCCUCCCCUUCCUGCUCUUGCCCCUCCUCCGUUAGGGCGGGGUCUCCUCGUGUGUCCCCUCCCCCAAAUAUGGGGGGGGAGGGGGGUCAAUAAAAGGUUGUGGUGGAA